CCAUGACCCUGCCAGCCUCCACCCUUCCCCCCUCCAUGGAGAAACUGAGGCACGGAGCAGGCUGGGCCAGGACUGGGCCACCACCGUCCUCGACUCCUGGGUUCUGCAUUCAGCUCUGAAAGGCGAGCAGGGUGUCCUGGGUAGGGCUGGGAGCCGGGGUGCCUGGGUUUUCUUUCUUGGUCCCCUGCCGUGACCUGGGCCUGGCCUGUCCCCUCUCCAUGCCUCAGUUUCCCUGCUCGUUGGCUGGCUCCCACAGUGGGGGUGGGGCCAAUUUGGGAUCCUCCCAUAAACGGCGCAGUCUCCAGUGCCUGCCUUAUACCCCCCCACCCCCAGAUGCUGCCCCCGGGGCGCACACAAGCAGCCUGUUCAGUGUACACAUGUGCACACACACACGUGUGAUCUGGGGAGUCCCUGGGGGGCAAUGGGCGGGGGGGAGACACACUUAGCUUUGUGCUACAGUUGGCCCAGGAGUCUCGGAGCCAGCUUGGUGCCAUGUGUGUGCAUGUUUGCACGUGUGUGUGCACACAUGUCACUGCUUUAGUGUCUGUGGAUCGCUGCGUGGAGCCCUGUCUGUGUGCGUGUGUGUGUUGCACAUUGGUGCAGCGCUUCUGCGGAUGUCCCCUUGUCACACACACGUCCCCAUAUUGUCGGGGGCUCCUUGUGUGAGUCUGUGUUGUGCCGUCACACAUGCCUUCCAGAGCAGGCGUGCGUGGCUAUGCACCAGGCGUGCGUGCACAUCCACGUACGUUGUGUGUUGGGCCUGACCCCCCUGGGCUCAGAGCAUGUCAGUAAGCACACGCAUGUGUGUGAGUACAUGUGAAGGAGAUACCUCAGUGUGCAUUGCAUGUGUUGUUCCGUGUGCACGUGGCCCCGUGCGUCAUGUUGCAGUGUCCCCGUGUGCGUGUUGCUGUGUGCCUAUGCACACGUGUGUGGCCCCAUGUGUGGUGUGCGCAUGUCUGUGGGGGUCUGACCGAGUGCAGCGCACAUUGCUGUUCAUGGGUGCACGCAGGGCACUGUGUGCUCCGUGUGUGUGUGCACAGGGGAAGUGUCGUGCGUGUGUCGCCCAUCAUGUGUCAUGUGCAUGGGCAUGCGUGUCCCUCAGGCUCACGUUUCCCUGCUGUGAGGCCUCCACCGUAGGGCCGGGAGGGUGGAGGGGGGUGGCUGCCGGUGCCUGUGUGGCCACAAGCAGGGGAGGCGUCGGGCUGCGGCCCCGGCUUAUGUAACCGCCGCCCGCCUGGGGCCGGCACAGAGCCACAGCUGCCACGGCCACGGCCCUGCCGCCUGCGCCAUGGGGGUGCCCUGAGCCCCCAGGCUUCGUGCCCACGUCCCCGGGACCCCAGCAGAUCUUCGCUGCCACGGCCGGCUUCGGGGCGACGCUGCUGGAGCCACCGCUGGGCAGGGCCUGGCCCGGCAAGAUGCCCCCCUGCCCUCCACAGCAGGGCCGGGCCCGGGCCCCGCUCCUGUCCGGGCCCCUGGGGGGUGAGCAUGGGCCGCCGGGCGACAUGGACCUGGCCUGGCAGGAGAUCCUGUCCAUUGCGGAGCUGCAGGGCCUGGACCUCCCGAGUGAGUCGCCCUAUGACCCCGCGCUCUACAGCCUCACGCACCCGCUGGCACCGGUGGGUGGCUACGGGCCCUGCCCAGCCCUGGGCGAUGCCCCGGGGCCCAGCUGCGGCCAGCCCUGCCCGGGCUAUGAGCGCCCCUACAUGGAUGCCAUGCUGGCCCCCUGCGCCCGCCUUGGCAUGGGGCCUCUGCCUGCCAUGGACCCCUCGUACGGCUACACAGGCAUGCUGAUCUCCUCCGCUAUGGACCUACCCAGCAAGGUGCUGCCUGGAGAGGCGGGGGCACUGCCUGAGCUGGGCCUGGCACCCCCGCCGCCCUGCAAAGCCCAGGAAGACCUGGAGUCGGACUCGGGGCUCUCUCUCAACUACAGCGACGCUGACUCUGGGGAGCCCGAAGGGCUGGAGCUGGGACAGGCACAGCCCGACUACGCCGAGCUGUACCCGGUGGACUACGGGUUGCCCUACCCUGGGUUGCAGGGUGUGCCCCCCUUUACACCCCCCUGCCCACCCCUGCCCCUGGCCACCCCAGAGAAGGGCCGGGGGACGCCGCGAGCAGAGCUGGGGGGCAGCCGGGACGAGCGGCGGGCGCUGGCCAUGAACAUCCCCAUCCCCACAGAGAAGAUCAUCAACCUGCCAGUGGAGGACUUCAACGAGCUGGUAUCGCGGCACCCACUGUCGGAGCCGCAGCUGGCACUGAUCCGGGACAUCCGGCGCCGCGGCAAGAACAAGGUGGCAGCGCAGAACUGCCGGCGCCGCAAGCUGGAAGGCAUCGCCCAGCUGGAGCACGAGCUGGAGCGCCUGGACCACGAGCGCCAGCGGCUGCUGCGGGACCGGCACGAGGCCGACCAGGCGCUCGGCACGCUGCGGCGCCAGCUGGCCCAGCUCUACCGCCAGGUCUUCCAGCGCCUGCGGGACGAAGCCGGUGAGGCCUACUCACCCGAGCACUACAGCCUACAGCUGGCGGCCGACGGCACUGUGCUCCUUGUGCCCCGCGGGUGCAAGGCGGAUGGGCCCGACUGAGGGCAUCCCCCCACCCCAGGCUUGCAGCCCCUUCACAGGAGCAGCCCCUGGCUGUAGUAUCCCUCCCAUUUGUGGGGUGCCCUUCAAACAGCAGCCUCCUGCCCCACUCUGUCAAGGGGGACACUGGGGGGGCAUCAAGCAUGGAUGGCCUCAGAGAGGCUUCCCUGAGGCUGGGCCCAAUAGGGGCUUAAGUACAUUGCACCUCUGGGGGCACAUUGAUGUGUUGCACUGCUGAGCUUCUUGGGGGGCAGGGGGGGCUGUUAAUGCACUGCACUCCAAGUCCCAGAGGCCUGAAGGUGGGAGGGAGCAUUACAUGGCAACACCCCAGACUUGAAGCCUAAGAGGGCCCCUGCCUCUGUCACCCCUCUGGCCAGGCAGCAGGAGGGCCCCCAGCCCACUGCCUUGUCCACCCUGAGCACUAUUUUUU